AAGGGAGAAUGAAUCAGAAUUUGUUGCCGUUUUUUUUAAUGAAGAGUCGAUUUAUUUGGACGUCCUUGUUCUUGUUCUUACAUGGUGUGUCAGCUGUUGAAACAGAUGUAUUAUCGGUGUCAGUGAUGGAGGGAGAUUCAAUCACUCUAAACACUGGUUUUGAAACAAACCAACAAGAUGAUAUAAAAUGGUAUUUCAGUGCCACUCGCAUCGCUCAAAUCAGUGGAGAUCUCAGUAAGACCUGUACGGACAUUCAGUGUAAUAAAGGUACUGAGAGAUUCAAAGAUAGACUGAAGCUGGAUCAUCAGACUGGAUCUCUGACCAUCACAAACAUCACAGACUCUGGACUUUAUCAAUUAAGGAUCAUCAGCAUCAGAAAAAGCAGUGAAAAGACUUUUAAUGUUACUGUUCAUGAUAAUACUGCUAAUGAACGAGAUCAAAUGCAGAGAAAGUCAGUAAAGGAGGGAGAAUCUGUCACUUUAGACACUGCUGUAAUGAAAAACCCAGAGGAUUUGAUGACGUGGUAUUUUAAAGACAUUUGCAUCGCUGAAAUCAGUGAUUAUCUCUGUAAGACCUGCACAGAUGUUCAGUGUAAUGAAGGUACUGGUAGAUUCAGAGACAGACUGAAGCUGGAUCAUCAGACUGGAUCUCUGACCAUCAGGAACAUCACAAACACAGACUCUGGACUUUAUAAACUACAGAUCAUCAGCAGCAGAAUCUGCAUCAUGAGGAACUUCAGUGUUUCUGUCAUUGCUCACAGUGAUGAUGCAAUUUAUAAGUAUUAAUCAGUAUCAUACAACUGAUGACCAAAGCAGAUAAGUGUAAAUACAUGGUAAAUACAUUGGUAAAAUUGAUUGUAAGUUGCUUUCUAGUAAUAAUGAAUGUCUGUAUUUACAGUUCCAGAUCCAAGUUUGUCAUCAGCUGCUGUAGCAGGAAUAUAAUAUGUGUUGCUGCUGUUAGUGUACUGCUGCUGGUCACUUUAUCUGUGAUCCGUUACCGUCAUCAAGUAAGAAGGAAACGUGUUUGGUUAACCUUCUGAAAGGUGCAUACAACUACUUGCUGCACCACCCCAGCAAGACAGCUGACAAAAUAAAAAUCAGGUUUAGGAUUGCCGAUACCAAAUCAGACACCAGGCUGCAGUACAGAUAUCAG